AUGCCGCCAGGUCAAUCCUUCGCUGGGGAUGUCGAGGCUCGAGCACCCAGCACUACGCGUCAAGGAGACAGCCAAGAGGUCAACAGGGCAAUUGAGCUCCGUCGAGAGCGCAACCGGAUCCACCAGGCGCGACACAAGAUGCGGCAGCGCCAGCUGGUGACUGACCUCGAAGACAGCAUCGUCCAGCUGCGUGAGGAGAUCCAGGAGCUCAAGCACCAACGAGAGCUCAUCGGCCGCGGAGUCCCCACUACCAGCAAUCUGUGGGGCGUGGCGGUGGAGUUUUUCCGGCUUUUCAGACAUGGUGUGAAGCCCAUUGUGUCUAAUGAGGGGGAGCGUACGUCGAUGCGCAGCGAAUACGACGCGCAGAGGGAUUUCAUGCUGUCUACGAUGAUGCCCGACGUGACGGACGGCGACGUGUUCGGGGUGGACGCGCUGCUCGAGAACUGGGCGCUGCAGUCGCUGUGCUAUGACGAGUUCGACCUGCAGCCUGUUCGGAUGGAGAAGAGGGCAAACGACUCGCUGCUCGCCAAGACCCAAGCCACACUCGUUAUCAGCGAGAACACGAUCAGAUACGCGUUCCCGCAGCUUAUAGUCGACGACGGACAGCCGUCUCCACUGGUGUCCAAGAUGCUGGGCCAGACUCUUUCGUUGUGGGGGUCGGUGGUCUUUGAGUGGGACGCAGCAACCAACCGAGUGGCUGGCGUGUACUGCAGGUCAGAUCAUCUGACGCCUCUGCUCAACCUGCUAGGUAGUUUGGAAGAUGUAGCGUGCGUCUUUGACAAGGCUCCCAUAACCCCGGAAGGAAGGAUCGUGUCGAACGAGGAAUUUUGA